GGGGCGCGCGGCUCUUCGCUCCCAGCGCCAGCGGCCCCGGCGCCCGCCCGCCCGCCCUACACGGUCUGGCCGGCCAGGGAGCAGGACUUGGGGAAGCGGACGAAGAUGAAUUCCCAGCAGCAGAGGAUGGCCGCGAUAGGCACCGACAAGGAGCUGAGCGACCUGCUGGACUUCAGUGCGGUAGGAUAUUCUUCGAAGUCUUCUUAUGGCUUCUCCACGAUGUUUUCCCCACCUGUUAAUAGUGGGAAAACCAGACCAACUACAUUAGGAAGCAGUCAGUUUGGUGGAUCAGGUAUGGAUGAAAGAACAGGGGCUUCUUGGGGAACAAGUGGUCAGCCAAGUCCCUCGUAUGAGCCAUCAAGGGAAAAUGGCAGUCUCCAUGGAAAAAGCUCAGACCUCUCCACAGACAUAGAAAAAUUGAAACCUCAAGAGGGUUUUGCAGACAGCCCUCAUUACGGUGAUCACUUGAAUGACAGUCGAUUAGGGCCCCAUGAAGGAUUGUCCCCGACACCUUUCAUGAACUCAAAUCUGAUGGGGAAAACAUCAGAUAGAGGUCCAUUUCCACUCUAUGGCAGAGACCCAGGACUACCAGGUUGUCAAUCCAGUCUUCUUCGACCGGAUAUGGGCCUUGGAAGCCCAGGUCAGUUAUCAUCCUCAGGAAAACCUGGAACAUCGUAUUACCCAUUUUCUGGCACAAAUCCACGCCGAAGACCACUUCAUGACCCGUCAACUCUUGAUCCUUUACAAACAAAGAAAGUAAGGAAGGUGCCCCCUGGUUUGCCUUCUUCUGUGUAUGCGCCAUCCCCAAGUUCUGAUGAUUUCAACAGAGAAUCUCCAAGUUACCCAUCUCCUAAACCACCAAGCAGUAUGUUUGCUAGCACUUUCUUUAUGCAAGAUGGGACCCAUAACUCUUCUGACCUUUGGAGUUCAUCCAAUGGUAUGAGCCAGCCUGGUUAUGGUGGAAUGCUAGGGAGCUCUUCUUCGCACAUGUCCCAGUCCAGCAGCUAUGGCAGCCUACACACACAUGACCGCUUGAGCUACCCCCCACAUUCAGUCUCACCUACAGAUAUAAAUGCCAGUCUUCCUCCAAUGUCUAGCUUCCAUCGUGGCAGUACUAGUAGUUCACCAUAUGUUGCUGCCUCCCAUACUCCUCCCGUCAAUGGAUCAGAUAACAUACUGGGAAACAGAGGAAAUGGUGCUGGAAGCUCACAGACGGGUGAUGCACUUGGAAAGGCAUUGGCAUCUAUUUAUUCGCCUGACCAUACCAGCAGUAGUUUUCCAUCAAAUCCAUCAACGCCAGUGGGUUCGCCAUCACCUCUCACAGGUGCCAGUCAGUGGUCUAGGACUGGAGGACAAGCCCCUUCAUCUCCAAACUAUGAAAACUCUCUCCACUCCUUGAAAAAUCGAGUUGAGCAGCAACUUCACGAGCAUUUGCAAGAUGCAAUGUCCUUCUUAAAGGAUGUCUGUGAGCAGUCUCGAAUGGAGGAUCGUUUGGACAGACUUGAUGAUGCCAUCCAUGUCCUACGAAAUCAUGCUGUUGGGCCUUCAACAAGCCUAUCAGGUGGCCACAGUGACAUACAUAGUUUAUUGGGACCAUCCCAUAAUGGGCCAAUUGGAAGCCUAAACUCAAAUUAUGGAGCACCUAGUCUUGUAACAACUAAUCGACAAGCAUCAAUGGUUGGAACUCAUCGGGAAGAAGGUGUCAGCCUCAACAGCAAUCAUUCAGUCCUGCCCAGUACAGUGUCUGCUCAGAGCACAGAGCUAAAUCAUAAAACACAAGAAAGCUAUAGAGCAUUAUCAGGUGGUUUGCAGAGCCAGUCUGUGGCCAUAGGUCCAACAGAAAUUAAGUCUGAACAUAAGGAGAAAGAUGAAAAUAUACACGAACCUCCCUCAUCUGAUGACAUGAAGUCAGAUGAUGAAUCCUCCCAGAAGGAUAUCAAAGUUUCAUCUAGAGGAAGAACAAGCAGUACUAAUGAAGAUGAAGAUUUAAACCCAGAGCAGAAGAUAGAAAGGGAGAAAGAAAGGAGAAUGGCAAAUAAUGCUAGAGAACGCUUGCGUGUACGAGAUAUUAAUGAAGCAUUCAAAGAACUUGGCCGUAUGUGUCAACUUCACCUGAAGAGUGAAAAACCACAGACAAAAUUGCUUAUUCUUCACCAAGCUGUGGCAGUCAUCCUCAGUCUAGAGCAACAAGUCAGAGAGAGGAACUUAAACCCCAAAGCAGCCUGCCUUAAGAGAAGGGAAGAAGAAAAAGUUUCUGCCGUAUCGGCAGAGCCACCAACACCACACCCAGGAAGCCACCCUGGGCUUAGUGAAACUACCAACCCUAUGGGUCAUAUGUGAACACCAGCCAGAAUUCCAGAAUUAUGGUAGGAUAUAUAGAAGGUGACCUUUCUUCACAAGGACACAGACAACUAGCAUUAUAUGAAGACACAAAUCUGACAGGAGAAAACACUUGAAGCAAGAAACCCAAAUGCAAUCUUAUGAUCAAAGCUACUGGUCAACACCUGCAUCAGAAGUGAAGAUACAAAGAUCUUCAGAUAGAAUUUCAGCCCAUGAAAUACUCUGAACAUAUCAUUCUGUUGCAAGCAGUGUGUCGCUUCUGCACAAUCAGAGACUGUUGUGAUCUCUCCACUCAUUGUGGAAGUUGCCUUGUGCCUAAACUGAAUUGACAAAUGCAUUGUAACUACAAAUUUUAUUUAUUGUUAUGGAACUGUAAAGGUCUACAUAUAAAGGGAAAAGUUAACAUGUUGAAAGCUGAUAGAAUUUCAGCUGAUGCCAGCAUUUGUUAAAGCUGUUCACAUUCAGAGAACAAAGCCGCGACAACCGUUGACCCUUAGCAUUCCCAGCAUACCUAUUAGUGUCUUAAAAAAGGAAGGGAAAAGUCUUUUGUUGUCCUUUCCAUUCCUUUUGCCAUAUGACUAGUGUUUUCCACGCAAUAGGAAAAUAUUCCUUGGUAUAGCUUUUUAUGUUAUUUUUGGUCUCUGUUAAUCUGAACAGUUAUGGUCAUAGUUACUCUCCCAUACCAAGCUCCAUGCUUCAAGCCAAUAGAAAGUCUGGUGACUACAGACAGGAGCAAAACUAUGACCAUAACAUUUCUUGGAUUUAAAAAGUGGUAUUUUUUUCCCUCAGACUUUUCUCAAACAUUUUUAUUUCUAAUUAUUAAAACCUUUUUAGGCUUCUAGGCUUCAUAGUAAAGCUUGUAACGUGAAGUGUAAAUUGGGUGGGGAGAAUCUACUUUGUUAGAGUUGCUUUGUUUUCCAAGCAGUAAGUACUACAUCUAGUACAUGUAAAGUGUUAGCUGUACGUAAGCACAAAAUGCAUCAAAAUACAAAGGAGAUUUUUCAGGCUGUAAUUAUGGUGAAUAGUAAAAUCCUAGAUUCACCAUGGCAGGUAGUGUGAUGAACUAACCACGAGCUGUGGUGGGUAAUUACAUAAUGGAAUAAAAGAGCAAUGGUCACCAAUCUUUUUUAUUGUAUACAUUAAUUAUCUUGUUAUUUUUGUAUGGCUUGUCCAUGAGAGACUUCAGAGUAUAAAUCAGUUAUAAACAAGCCACCCCUUCCCAAGCCAUAUAAGCAUUAAACCAUUAAAUGUUGCUCCACCUGAACAGUAUCUAAAAGUAUUCCUUUGUCACAAACGGUGAGAUGGUUAAAUCCCUUUGAACUUCCAUGGAAACUGUCUUCCACUGCAAAGACCAUGGGAGUAAAUUAUCAAGCCAAGGUUGUCUUAGCUGUUGUUUGUAUAUUGCCUCUUUCAUCUGUGGCAAUCAGUUCACAAAUAAAAAAAAGGAACAAAGCAAUUAAUAAUUUUAUUAAUUUGAAAGAACAAAAAAUGGGUUGUUAAACAGACUAAUGAAUUUAAGAUCAUGUUUUGGAUGGUUCCUAACAAACCAGUUAUUUGUGAAAUUAGUGGACUCAUUUCUAUUGCUUUAAUUUGCAUAUAUCAUCAAAUAACAUCUGACUAUAUCUGUGGCCUUGUUCUUCAUUUCAGUGUUUAUCAGCUAAACAAAUUUGUUGCUUAUGAGGUGUGAAAGUGAUCAUGUGCCACUGCCUGGCCUUUUUCCUUCUAAGCUUGUUGUCUUUUUGGCUAUAUUAGACUUUGCAGUAUGCCCAGAAGCUUUCCUUCAUAAAAUAGAAAGAAAAAAACAUUUGGCUUAUUUUUCACUGUAGCUAGUCUUUUAUACAAUAAUCUUGUAAGAAAAUUUCUUGAAUUCUAAAUAUUACUCUUUCUAGAUUUUUGAAAUCGAAAAAGUUUUCAGUAAAAAGUUUCUUACUUUAUUUUACUAUAUUAGGUAGUAAAAAUGUAGGGUUAUUUACCAUAACCUGUUCAUUAAUAUCAGAAAUUUACAAUAGCAUUGUAAGACCAUAGUAGGGUUCUAGCAUACCGUGUAGUACCUAUGGAGUAUUGUAAGAGCUAAUUGUCCGAGAUGAAUUGCUUCUCAUCUUGUUCUCCAGUUUCCAUUGUUGGUUUAUUGCAGAUUUGUACCCUGUGUCAAAUUUCAAGGUAUUGCUGAUAAACCUUUUCAACCAGCAGCAAGAAGUUCAAAAAUUUUUCUGUCAGUGUAACAGAAAACACUAUGUAUAUAACAUUUAUGUAGCAAUAAAUGUGCCAUCUUUUUUAA